CAAGUUUGAUCCCAAAUUGUUGUUUGUUGUGGUGGAGGUGGUGGUAGUGGUGUUGGUGAGCUGUGCGCGCAGCAGCAAGAAGCGGCGCGCACAUGUAGACGCUUCACACUCCACAAAGUCUCCUUGUUCAAGAGUCAUCACCGAGGCGAGGCGAGGGGGAAAGCGAGGCGGAGUGUUGAUUCCAUCUUCAAAAAGAAACGGGAAGUAAACGGCUUUUUUCCUCCUUUGGGAGCGAAGAUGAACGCCAGCGAUGAGAAUCUGCUCAAGUCCAUCAGCAACGACGCGCUCCUCGACCUGACGCAGCGCUACGGCCAGUCAGCCUUCGGCUUUGGCGCUGGCCAUGGUGCUGGAACCCCCGGCCGCUUCCCACUCACGCCGGCUGCCGACUUCCUCAGCGGGCAGACGGCUAAGUCUAACGAGAGCGGCGGGGAGCACACCAGUGACGACGAGGACGCCUUCGACUCGCUGGAAUCCCGUAAAAGAGGCGCGCCCUUCGGGGACGACAAGCCCGGGGGUCCCCUGGCCAAGAAGUCCAAGGAGCAGCGCUCCCUGCGGCUCAGUAUCAACGCCCGUGAGAGGAGGAGGAUGCACGACCUGAACGACGCGUUGGACGGCCUAAGAGCCGUCAUCCCCUACGCCCACAGCCCGUCGGUGAGAAAACUCUCCAAAAUAGCCACUCUCCUCCUGGCCAAGAACUACAUCCUCAUGCAGGCUCAGGCUUUGGAGGAGAUGCGGCGGCUGGUGGCCUACCUCAACCAGGGACAAAGCCUCACGUCGCCCAUCCCCGCCGCCCUGGCGCCCUUCGGCCAAGCCGCCGCCGUGUAUCCCUUCUCGGGCUCGGCUCUGGCCAGCUGCGCCGAGAAGUGUUCCAACUUCUCGGGAACCCCGUCAACUCUGUUUAAACAUUGUAAUGACAAGCCUUGAUUCGCAGCCCCUCUCUUCCCCGAACUUUUUAACUGCGUAUUGCAUCCGCGUUGCUCUUUCUGUCCCUCUACUUAUUUUUUAAAUCACGCUGUGAGGAAAAUUGUGCAUAAUUCUAAUCAAGUGAUGCUGCGAUGUUCUCGUCUUAAUUUAACGGAUGCUGCAUUGGUAAACUAUUUAGGCCUUGUCACUUUCUUGCUCGCGGGCCAAUUUUCAAACAAAAGUCAAAUAUCAAUUUGAGCUAUUUUCUCUUUUAAUAGUAAUCUAUGCAAACCUCAGCAACAAUUGAGUCAGUAAAAUGUCAGUUAAUUUUCACGUCAAGUAUUACUGAAAAGUAGGACGGGAUUUACCUUAAUGAUGUUUAGAUGCCUCAUCCCUUUUCCCACAAUAUUGACUUUUUUUCUUUUUUUUCUUUCAAGGUCUUGCGCGUGUCACAUGAUUGUAUUGAGUGUACAAGUUUGGGGGGGAAAGCCGGACUGCGAUAUGGCUUCCAUUUAUGGCCUGCAAAGAAAAUGUUUUGGGGAGGGAUGGUUG